AUGGGCAACGUCACCAGCAGACCCGACGACCAGGCCGCUAGCCUCUAUCUCAGAGACCAGAAUCGCCCCCGCGUCACUGACCUUCUCUCUCUAGUCACCAUCUCCUCCCUCAUCGUUACCAAUCCGCGAAAGCGCACUUCUGUCCAUGUCUCGCCAAAUGCCUUUCCUGCUUCUAAGCUGUCCGUCAGCCGCACAGCUGGUGAACAGACCCCCAUAGAAUACGUACAGGAUCCCGAGCCGGGUGCUUCUGGUUUCUUACUCAAGCUCAACAAUGACGACGAGCUCAUCUUCACAUUCACCUUUGUCCUUCGUCAGCCUUCAACAAGCCAGCCCGCUUCGCCACCUCCCGAUGCGACUUCCCCUACUCUCGAUACCACCAUAUCCAGUCUAACUUUUGUUUGCGGCUCUACUUCACGCGAAGUCGAAAAUCUCGUAACGCGCGAGUUUCUUGCCAACCCGAAUCUGCACAAGAACGACAACGUUGCCCUCGUCGGAGACUACUCGACCAACGGCAGCUCUUCCGUCAGCUUUGAAUGGACUUGGAAAUGGAAGCCUCCCAAGCGCUUCGAAGAUAAAACUGGCGGUUGGAGAAACUUUUGUAGUUUUGUCGAGUAUGAUUCAAGGGCGCACCGCUUGCACGCCCUCGCUAGCUUCUCCUUCUGGGUAGCAGGUAGUUUCCUCCUGCGUGCUCGUUAUUACUCAAAUCCGCCUGCUAACGUAUACUCCAUAGCCUCUCCCGUCUACACCAGCCAACCAAACUCGCCGACUCCCGGCUUCCUACUCGGCUCUCCUCCAAAGAUUCGCGUUGCAUCCGCUCAAUCGGUAGACUCUCGCUUACAGUCCGACAUUGACGAGGUGCCACUGUCGCCGCUGCCGGGCACAUUCGAAGCACUCUCACCGCCGAUACUACCACAGCAGCAGGAGCCCGUCAAAGUUGACGUAACUUGUCCGCGACCUGGUGAAGAUGUCUCCGUUUCCGAUGAUGGUCCUGUCUUCCGCGCCACUCUCAAGGCCCUCGAGCAAAAGACGGGCAACAUGCGUAUCCACAUGAAGAGGGUUUUGAAAAGGGCCGAGCAGGCGCAUACUAGUCAACUGGAAGCCAAUGAGGCUUUGGUCGCUUUCAUGGAUGCCUUGCGUGAAGCCUCCACCACCAAUGCAAAUGCAGUUCAGCCUGCACUCGAGCACUAUUUCGACAAAAUCGCCCGAGAGAUCCUCAAUUACGACCGUCAAAACACUGCUAAUCUGCAAAAGAUUAUCAUCGAGCCUAUACAAAAGCUUUAUCAGUUUGACAUCAAGCAGGCAGAAUCCAAGAAGCGCGAUUUUGAGGAAGACAGCAAAGUCUACUACGCAUACGCAUCGCGAUACCUUGGUCAGCGUCAAGACUCGGCCAAGAAGCUUGCCGAAAGCGACUCCAAAUACCAGAACAAGAGACGGAAUUUUGAGCUCAAACGAUUCGACUAUUCCAGCUUCAUGCAGGACUUGCACGGUGGUCGCAAAGAGCAGGAAGUGCUAUCGCAUCUGACCAAGUAUGCCGAUGCGCAGACCAAGGGUUUCCUCGCCACGGCAAAGAAGAUAGAGGCUCUCCUGCCGCAGCUUGACGCUCUAUCCUCGGAAGUCAGCGAAGCAGAUAAAGAAUACCAGUAUCAGAGACGAGAACGCGAGGAGAAGCGACGCUUACUAGAAAAGAGCAACACUCCCUAUCUGGAGCCCGAACAAGCCAGCCUGGUCGCUGCCCCGCCCCCGACAGCGUCCUCCAACGGCAACACCAGUCACAAUUCUGACUCGGAGCUUGGUAGGGCUGAUAGCACCGGCUCUCAGCUUAAAACGACAUCAUCGGGUGGCCAAACAAGCAUGUCGGGCAUUGAUUCGGUCAACCCUGCAGGCCUCCUAGCUAGUCCCUCGCAGAGCAACAAGUUCAAAGGAUUCCGCGACUUGGAGGAACCAAAUCCAUCGCAAGCAUCCGUCCCGCAGCGCAAAGAAGGACUUUUGUGGGCACUGAAUCGUCCGGGUGGCCAUGUCGAUCCUCGAAAUCUCAACAAACAGGGCUGGCACAAAUUCUGGAUUGUCCUUGAUCAGGGUCAAUUGUCAGAAUACAGCAAUUGGAAGCAAAGACUAGACCUGCACAUGGAUCCUAUUGACCUGAGAAUGGCUACUGUGCGCGAGGCUCGCAAUGCUGAACGUCGCUUUUGCUUUGAAGUCAUUACUCCUCCAAACUUCAAGCGUGUCUACCAGGCCACGUCGGAAGAAGACAUGAACAGUUGGAUAAAUUCCAUCAACAAUGCUUUGCAGAGCGCGAUGGAAGGCCGAAGUGGCCGUGAAAGAUAUGCAUCAUCGGCAAACACAAGCAAUGAUUCAUCGCUCAAGAGAGAUAUUGGCUCCGUUCUUACAGGCAAGAGCCAUUCCCUGAUGCAUAGCAGUAGCCAUUCCCACAGCAGUUCUUCGAGUGCCAUUCCUUUUCGGAGAGUCACCGUUGGAGCCCGGCCGACGCCAGUACGGACACACAGCUCCGGGUAUGACGAGAACCCCGAUCAACUAUUGCAAAUGCUUCGGGAUAUUGACCAAGGCAACAAUUGGUGCGCUGACUGCGGAUCGGGAUCCAAGGUCGAAUGGGUGUCUCUGAAUCUUGGCAUCAUCCUCUGCAUUACGUGUGGCAGCUCCCAUCGUUCGCUGGGCACCCACAUCAGCAAGGUGCGCUCAUUGACUCUCGAUAUCAAGUCUUUUACUGUCGAUAUUGUCGAAUUGCUCAUUCUGAUCGGAAACCGUGUUUCAAACAUGAUCUGGGAAGCCACGCUGGAUCCUGCCGCGAAAAUUACCCCACAGGCAAGUUAUGAGGCGCGGCGCACUUUUAUCAAUAACAAAUAUGUCAAUCGGGCUUAUGUGCGGCCAAUUUCGUCAACAUUGUCGCAUUACGCCACGCCCGAGGAGACACUAUUGGCGGCCAUUAAGAAGAAUGAGAUUCAGCAGGUCCUGUACGCUUUAGCGCUAGGUGCAGAUGUUAACGCUGUCGACAGGAUGAGGGGAACGCAUGCUGUAUGGCUUGCACUGGCAGCAGCUGAUCCAGCGUCACCAUCGCCAACCCCCGGUGCUGCGCUGGAUAGGGAGUCGAAGCAGGUACCGUUCCCGGUGGCCGAAUUGUUGAUGCAGAAUGGAGCUAAAAUUCCGCCAACACUCCCUGCUUUCCCGCUGGGCCGCUUCGCACAACAAUACAUACAGCAGAAGAAGGCCAAGACCGAAGCAGUCGCAGACUCAAUCCAGGCGCUUCCUGGUAAUGGCCUCGAGGUGGAGAGAACACGGUCUGAUACCGGCAGGCUGCAGAAGCGCAUGAGUGCGGGCGGAAGACUGGCCAGGUCGCCGAUUCCCGAGAAAUAG